AUGAAGUUUGGUAAGAACAUCCGCAAGGAGGCGUGGCAGUGCCAGCGGUUUCACUUUAUAGAUUAUAAAAAACUAAAAAAAAGAAUAAAUGCUGCUGCUGCUCUGCUGCGGGGCCGAGACUACAGUGGUUGUGUUUCUUGUCUUCGUCUUUUUUUCAUUGAUCUAGAGGAUGAGCUGGCGCUGGUGAGGGGGCAGUAUGCACAGGAGAUGCAGCAGCUGCAGCAGCAGCAGCAGCUGCUGCAGCACGAAUUCGAACGGCAGCAGCACGACCAAUAUGCACUGCAGCACCAAACGUAUCAGCAGCAGCAGCAGCAGCAGCAAGAGAAACAGCAGCAGCAGCAACACAAACCACACAACAAACACAUGGAGGAGGAAGAAGAUGACUUAGGGGCAGAGACGAACGCUGCUGCUGCUGCUGCUGCUGCUGCUGCUGGUAGUGCUGCUCGUACAGCAGCCCCGGCACGACCAUCUGCUGCAGGAGCAGCAGCAGCAGCAGCAGCAGCAACAGCAGCAGCAGCAACACGGUCCUGGGCUGCUGCACUGCAGCAGCUGCCCGAAGCAACACGCAGCAUGCUUGCUGCAUCGACCUCUCUUGAGGAGGCGCUGGAUGUGCUGCUGUCUGAGGGCUAUGCUGCUGCACCUGCUGCUGGCGAGAAAGCAGCAGCAGCAGCAGCAGCAGCAGCAGCAGCAACUGCAGCAACAGCAGGAACUCAGGCAGCAGCAGCAACGACGGAAUCUGAAGCAGCACCAAGGGCUGAGCGCACCCAGGGUACAGAUGUCUCAUCAGCAGCAGCAGCAGCAGCAACAGCAGCAGCAGCAACACAGACUGCUGCAGCAGCAGCAGCAGCAGAAGUUUCACCUGCAGCAGAGGCACCAUCUGCUGCCGCAGCACCAGAACUGCAGCAACAGCAGCAACUCAGGCAGCAGCAGCAACGACGGAAUCUGAAGCAGCACCAAGGGCUGAGCGCAGCCAGGGUACAGAUGUCUCAUCAGCAGCAGCAGCAGCAGCAACAGCAGCAGCAGCAACACAGACGGCUGCAGCAGCAGCAGCAGCAGAAGUUUCACCUGCAGCAGAGGCACCAUCUGCUGCCGCAGCACCAGACCCCGAACGAGCAGCAGCAGCAGCAGCAGCAGCAGGAUCAGCAGGAGCUCCCCUCCUUGAACCCACAGGAUUAUCAUCACCAUCAUCAGCAUCGUCAGCAGCAGCAGCAGCAGCAGCAGCAGCAGCAGCAGCAGCAGCAAGAGCUGGUUUCGACUCUUUAA